CCUGAUCUCUGCAAAAUUUGAGGGAAAAUGUCAGUUCUUUCCCUUCAUUUUUUCAAAUAUCACUCGUAUUACCGAGAAAACAGCCAGAUACAAGAUUGAACUCCACUAUAGAGGGGACAAGGAAGAGCUUUUCUUGCUUCCAAGUGUGCAACCUUGUUACAUGUAUGACCAAAAAAAAAAAAAUUAACCUAAAACUCAUGGAAAAGUCUUUCAAGCUUCUAAUCUCUUCCGAUACCAUACCCCCAAGGACAUAUGCUACCUAACCCUCCUGGACCUUCCUCGCUAUCACUUAGGCGUCAUGUGCAAUAGUCAUCGAAUGCGGCCCUCGUGCCAAACACCAUCAGGGAACAUCCCGGAAGACCAAUAGCUCCACGAGAGACAGUUCUUAAAUACCCACGUAUAAUGAUGUUAACGUUGCCACCACCAUGCUUGUGGGAUCUAGCGGAACCCAACUGCCCACCCCAUGAGAGCCACUAGUCGUAGCCCCAUUAACGAACAUAACUAACUCUCCUAGUGAAACAACUUCACUGUCCUUGGAAACUAGGUCCACUGAGUAAUGGCGAACACUCGAGUCGUUGGGCAAGGCAUCCCACUCUGCAACCUGCAAUCAAAAUUUAGAAAGCAACAUUGCAACAACGUAUUGAGUAAAAUUGAAGAGAGCCCAAUUCAUGGCCUUUCAAACAUGCCAUAAGAGGGCCACAAUUCUCGUCAGGGCGCCACGAUCGAGUUCCUGCCACUCAAGUAGCAUGCGCCAAAAGAUGCCAAUAUUGCUUAGGGGAAAGCGAUCCCUAACUCGUAUGAGGUUCGCCCCUUCCCACAACCCAACCGCCACUCAACAGCGGAAGAAGAGAUGUUCUAGAGAUUCCACCUCCUCCCCCACAGACUGGACAUUCCUCUCCCCCCUCCCCAAAGAGAACUCAACGCCUCACCAAGUAGCUAGACACCAGUCCACCACGAACAAGCUGCCAAGCAAGUACUGCAACUUGGGGGGUAUAAGAGACACCAAAAUCCUUUUCCAAAGGCUAUGAUCUCAUACAUGUACUUUCGCCUUCACCUUUAGCUCCUUUCGCCUCCUUAACUCCUCAGAGCCAGACUUCACAAAUAGUUCGCCAUUCCAUAUCACACAAUCAAGCAUUGAUGAAAUUAGCAAAGGAAUAGCCAGAAUAGCUCGGACCCUUUCCUCCUCAAAGAUUUUUCGUAAGCAGUCCAUCCUCCAAACACCUUGGUUAAGGCAGAUUGAAGAUGCCACUGUUUAAUGGGCCCCAAUUAUCCAAUAUUGAGGUCUCGGGGGUAAGGGAUGUAACGCUGGCACCGAUUAUCUGUAAACACUUUGACAUAUUAUCCUGAGUCAAUUUGUCAUCCCAAACCUUGUACCAACUGUCGCAACCGCCCCUCGAAAUCGUGGGACCCGUCGCGUGAUGAUCGGAGUCGCCAUCGACCUUAGAAGUAGUGAGUCGAGCACUAAUUGGUUCGGUCUUGACCUUAGGGUCCAGACCAGGAUUUGGUCUGCGAAAUUUUAGAAAUUUGGUUCGGGAGUACGGUUACGUGUGGGGAAGUGUAUUCACACCCCACAACGCCCAAAAUUGGCACUACUUAAAUCGAUAAGUUUUGUGGAUUGGGUGUAUUAUUAUUUCCGCCUUAUUGCGUAUUUAAUUAUUGGAUUCAUUUAAUUUGGUAUUUAUUAAUAUAUGAUUCGGUCAUUACGUUUAUUAACGUAAAUAGCGAAAGGUAAAGAAAGAGUUUUUAGUUGGACUCGAACAUAUUGGUUGGCUACGUACCCGAGUAGUCGGGAUCAAAGUCCACGUAGUUCGAUUUAAUUGAGUGAUUUGAAAUGUUUACGUUUGUACGUUAAAUUGUUGAAAUUUUUUGUUAGUUGGACUCGAACCUAUUGGUUGCCUACGUACCCGAGUAGUCGGGGAUCAAAGUCCACGUAGUUCGGUAUUUUAUGACGUGAUCUUAGUACGUUCUAUUGAUCGUGAUUAAGAUAAAAAUUAGAAUUUUUAUGAAAUGUAAUUGAUGAUUAAUCUUGUUAAUAUGAAUGAAAUGUGUUACAUUGAUUUACCACGCAAAGAAUUAUUAAUUAAUUCAAUAUCAAGCUAAAGAUUUUAUCACGAGAUAAUCAAUCGUGAUUCAAAUUGUAAUAAUGUGUUUUAAUUCAGGAUUAAUAAGAGUUGCAACAAGCGAUUGAGGUUAUUUAAGUGGUUAAGGAGUUAAUUGUGAUUUGAAAGACUUUGUUUCGAAACUCGGAUAGGUUGAUUUUUUGUGUUUUCGGUUUUUAAACGACGAGACAAGGGUAAUUUUGACGAAAAUGCAGGGGUGAAUAGGUCUUUUCGAGGUUGAAAAAUGAGUGUUAGAGCGCAACCUCCAGUCGCCCUACCUUCCUUUACCUUCGGCCCCGUUUAGUAUUGUUGCCUGUUUUUGUUUUCUGUUGUGUUUUUCAAAAUUGGAGAAACCAAGAAAAAAAACAUGUUUAGUUGGGUUUCUAUUUUUUGUUGUGAAUCAGAUUUGCACAACAGGGCCCAAAUUUGAGAAACAACAAUUUCUUGCUUUGGAUUUGAUUCUUGUACAUGUUUUACAUGGCAUUCCCAUUUGUUUUCAUUAAAACAACCCUCAAUUCGAAUCCCACCUAAAGCAAAAAAUUUCUCUUUUAUUUUUUUUUAACUCCCAAACCCACCUCCAAACCCUAGUCGGCCAACCCUACCCUCAUUUUCUCCCAAACCCGGCGCCCAACAACUCCCUCCCUCUCUCAACUUCUUCCUCUCGAGACCUAGGCCACCGAUAUCGUCCAUCUCCCCCUCGUCGUCGAUUUCGUCCCUUUUCCCCCGCCGCCUCCCUUUCCCCUGUUGCCCGACCUCGCAACCCCUGCCGCCUCCUCCUCUCGAUUCCCGUCGCCGACUUCGAAUCCUUCCCCCCCGCCGCUGCCUCCUCUCUUUUCUGGUUUUUAAUUCUAAUAGUAGUAAUUGAACGCAUUUUUGUUUCUUGUUUUCUGUUUUCAUUAUUUUUCAGAUUAUCAACUAAACAUGUUUGUGUUUUCUGUUUUUUUCCUAUUGUGGUUGUACAUUUAUUUACAAAACACCACUGCAACCACAACGGCAACAAAUCGAUACUAAACGGGGCCUUCGUUUUCUCUGAACUCUGUCUAAAACCAACGAAAAACAAAAGGAAGAAAAUACAGGAAAUCCAUCCGAUCUCCCUCAUCUCUUCUCUCGAUCUUCUAUUACUUUUAUCUCUGGCGAACAAAAAAAAAACAAAGAAAGGAAAGAAAAUCCUCUUUGAUCUACCUCUCGUCUCCUCCCUCGUGUUCUUUCUAGAAACCGAGCAGGGACCGAAAAAAGGAAAAGCAACAAUGAUGCUCCAUACAACCCUCAAGUCGACGGUAAGUCAAGAUUCAAGGCUUGCACGUCUGUUUUUUCGUUUGAUUCUGAUUUUUGGGGAAUUUUUAGGGUUCUGGCCCUUUUGUGUUAUUCUCUUGUGUUUCUGGCUAGAGGGGUCGAAGGAAAGGAGGCGCGCCUCUGACGACGGAGACGGAUUAUGGGUAAGUUUUUGUUUCCAGUUUUUAUUUGUUUGGUGAUUUGUUGGCAGAUUCUGAUCUGAUCUGCUUUGUUUUUUUUCCUUUGGGUUUUGCUUGGGGAACGGAGGAAAGAGAAGGGAGCCGCCGGCGACAAUCCUGGGCUUCGCCGAUGGGAAAGACGAUGAUGACAGGGGCUUGACCCUUUUGGUAAGAUUUAAGUGGUUUCUUUUUAUUUCUUUAAUUUUUGAAAAUGCUAUACCCGGCUAAUUAAACCUCUGAUCCCUACGCUUUGUUCUCGCACUACACCGAGUAAAAAAGCACUUGCUGGAUCAAGGACAGUAGCUGAGCUCUGCAUCCCAUGACAUUUCCUAAUCUCAGGUAAGCAUGCCCUAUCACUUCUGCCGAUCCGACGUAUUUCCAUUGGGUUUAACCUUCCUCACGCUUCCUUGACGAUGGCACCCAUGCUUGCCACGUUCGUGAAGGGAUUGGCAACGAAUGGUCCGCCACCAAUUAAGGUGGAGCGACCUCCUGAUAUUUUUGUUGCUCCUCUCCGGGACCCUACGAUGGCGCACUUAACCUCCGAUCAGGUCGUUGAGUUUUCAAUGGAAGAGGUGCAAUCAAGCAAGUAUCGUGCGACCAACUCAUUCAUCAGACGCCUCUUCACGGAGAAUCGAGUGAACACUAAAGAAAUCAGGGAAGCUCUUUGUCUCGCCCUGGCAAGUGAAGGGGAGAUUGAAAGUGACUGUGACAAAACACGGCCUGAUGGAGUUCACUUUGCCGACCGAAGAGUCCAAGUCCUAGGUGCUCAAGAGGACGGCAUGGGUGGUCACUGACAGGAUCUUGCCUUUGCGGUCAUGGUCCCCGACCAUCUCGAAGCAAAUUUUUAAUGACUUGGCUAUGGUCCCUAUGCACGUCCUGUUUUGGAACGUCAAGGAAGAUUGCUGCACCCACCAAUUUGGGAGGAAGAUGGCGGCGAACACUCUAGGCCAGGUUUUGGAAGCUGGCGUCUUUUCUAGUCACGAGACGGGGGAGUACUUUGUGAAAGUUCGCACGGUGCUGGAUCUCACAAAGUUUUUACGCUCCAAAAUCAUGGCUACUAGCGAUGACACAGGUGGCUUCUGGGUGAAUUUCAAAUACGAGUACCUCCCAACCUUUUGCUAUUGUUGCGGUCGUGUGGGUCACCCAAUUCGUACAUGUGCUAACGACCCACGAUGAGAAAGGAAAGGUUCGGACCCCAUAUGUCCACCAAAAAAUUUGGAACCAGUGU